CUCUAUGGACGGCUAACUUCAGAGGGCUACUUCACUGCUUUACUGUAUGUCAUGGGCUGUAUAAAUAUGGGGUCUCCCCUGUGUGGAUCACACAGUUGCGCAAGACUCUGAUGGAUCAUUUUAAAUUCAGCGAUCCUCUCUGGGUAGAUGUGGUAUAGUACAGUAGGUAGUUGUAGAGAGGGGUCUGUGCGUGAGUGUGUUCGUUUGUGUGUUCUUGCACUCCUAGAAUAGACAGCCAAAGGAAGGAGAAGAGGGAGAAGAAGGAGAAGAAGAGAGGCGGGAUCGGUUUGUGCCUUGUUGAAAUCCAGGGUGAAGCAAAUAGAUCGUCUGGAAUAGAUCGAUCAGCAGUUCGCGUUCCCUUCGUGGAUUUGAUGGAUGUUUGAUCAGUGGAUGUGAUGCCCAUAUAUAUCAUCGACCGUAAAUUUCCCGACAUAUCUGGUGAGUUGAUACAGGCGGCAGUUGAAGAAGGAGACCCGAGAAUGACAGAGACAAACACCCCCAAGUCGGCUAAGAAGCUCCGAUGGACCUCGCUGGAGAUCGGCCUCAUUACUAUUGUCUCCCUGCUCUUCAUUGUCAUCAUUGCCCUCAUCAUCCUCUUUGCCACACAGAAGACGGAUGAAAUCUGCACCACAGCGGACUGCACACAGUCAGCGUCUCGUCUCAUUGAGAACAUGGACGCUAACGUGGACCCCUGUGACAACUUCUACCAGUAUGCCUGUGGAGGGUGGCUUAAAAAGAACAUCAUCCCUGAGACCACCUCUAGAUACAGCACCUUUGACAUCUUACGAGACGAACUGGAGGUCAUCCUCAAAGGUGUCCUUGAAAAAACAGUGGAGGGGGAAGCUGCUGCUCUCACCAAGGCUAAGACCCUUUACAAGUCCUGUACCAACGAGAGUUUAAUUGAGCUGAGAGGGGGGAGUCCUCUGCUUGACAUGCUGCCUGAUGUGUCUGAGUGGCCUAUAGCUGUUGACAACUGGGAGACAAAUUAUGGGAGAACAUGGAGGUUGGAGGACGUCAUUGCCAAGUUGAAUGAGAAAUAUGGAACUCUGCUCUUGGUUAACUUUUUCGUCGGCACUGAUGACAGGGAUUCAACCUCGCAUAUCAUUCAUUUUGACCAGCAAACAAGCCUUGGCCUGGUGUCCAGAGAUUACUAUGCGUGCACUGGUCCUUAUGCAGAGGCAUGUCGGGCCUAUGAGCAAUUCAUGAUUGACCUGGCUAAGCUGAUUCGCAAGGACCGAGGACUGGCGAUCAAUGAAACUCGCAUUAGAGAGGAGGUGACACGAGUUAUAGACUUGGAGAGAGACAUUGCUAAUGCUACUGAUACCCCAGAGGAUCGUAACAACCCGGUGUUGCUUUACAACAAGAUGGAACUGGGGGACCUAAACGCCAACUUCACCCUUGAGAUUGAAUCACAGCUAUUUAACUGGAGUUACUUCACAGCUAAAAUAAUGAAUACAGUCAACAUCAGCGUCCCUGACACAGAAAAGGUCAUAAACUACUCACCCAACUAUUACAGAAGGCUCAACCUGAUCUUGGCCAAAUACACCAAGAGGGAUCUGCAGAACUACAUGGUGUGGCGUUUUGCUAUGAACAUGGUGGUGGGUCUUAGCAGAGCUUACAGAGACACCAGGAAAGCCUUCCGCAAGGCUCUGUCUGGUACGACGUCAGAGGCAGCAGUAUGGCGACAGUGUGCUCUGUACGUCAACAACAACCUGGAAAAUGCUGUGGGACGACUUUAUGUGCAGGAGGCUUUCUCUGAAAAGAGUAAAGAACUGAUGGAGGAGAUGAUUAAAGACAUUCGAGAAGUGUUCAUUAGUAACCUUGAUGACCUGACAUGGAUGGAUGCAGAAACCAAGAAAGCAGCUGAGGAGAAGGCCCGAGCUAUUCGGGAACGGAUCGGCUAUUCAGACAAUAUUAUGGAUGACGAAUAUCUUAACAAUGAGUACAAAGAUCUGAGCUACAGUGCAGAGGAGUACUUUGAAAACAUCCUACAGAACCUGGAGUAUGUGCAGAAGAAACGCCUGCGGAAACUCAGAGUAAAAGUCAACAAAGAGGAGUGGGUAACUGGAGCUGCUGUUGUCAAUGCCUUCUACUCAUCCAGCAAAAAUCAAAUAGUGUUUCCUGCUGGAAUCCUUCAGCCUCCUUUUUUCAGCAAAGGCCAGGCUAAGUCUCUCAACUAUGGCGGCAUCGGCAUGGUAAUCGGUCAUGAGAUCACACAUGGCUUUGAUGACAAUGGCCGUAACUAUGAUAAGGAUGGCGACUUGAAGGACUGGUGGACACCAGACUCGACACAGAGGUUCCUCGAACUGUCUAAGUGCAUUGUUGAUCAGUACGGAAACUUCUCUUGGGAUCUCGCUAGUGGACUACAUUUAAAUGGUAACAACACCCUCGGAGAAAACAUUGCUGACAAUGGAGGGAUACGACAGGCGUAUCAGGCCUACAAGAACUAUGUAAAGCAGCAUGGAGAGGAACCACCUCUGCCUGGAAUUGACCUUUCCCAUGAUCAACUCUUCUUCCUAAACUUUGCUCAGGUGUGGUGUGGAACACAUCGGCCAGAGCAAGCUGUGAAUUCCAUUAAAGUUGACGUACACAGUCCAGGGAAAUUCAGGGUACUAGGCUCCCUUCAGAAUUUCCCAGAAUUUGCCAAAGCAUUCAACUGCAACAAAAGCAGCUACAUGGUUCCUGACAACAUCUGCCGUGUGUGGUGAUCCACAUACCUCUGGGAUGGGUCCUCCCCAUCCCCCUACAGUACCUCUACCCUCUGAUUGUUGAAGAACUCACAGGGGGCUGCAUUAAAAUGGAAGCUUCCCUUAGCUCUUGACUGGAUGGACCAUGGCUGGUGGACUGACACUGCAGUAUGCACUUCAUCCAAGGACGGCAGCACACUGUACCCUCGUAGAUGGAUGGACUGAGCACUGUCUCUCCAACUCUGACACUGUAGUUCAUUCAUUCAGCCCAAUUAUUCUCCUACUCACUGGAUACAAUCACUUUUAUGUUUUUGUUUUUAUUUGUCUCUCAAUUUUUCUCGUUUUGCUUCUCAUUUAGGAGUCCACCAAUGUGUAUUUGUGAGUGCACAUGUGAGUGUGUUUCAGUCUAAAAACUGCAGAAGAGCAGCAGACAGACAAAUGUGCUCAGCCCACUGGCAUAUGAAUACACCAGACACCCACUCACACUCAUAUACAUGUAACAGGGCUGAACCACUCUAUUGUAUGUGGGACUGAGCUGUACUCUCAUAAAACCUCAGCUGGUUUCAGCCUUCAUCAACAUGCUGAUCCACUCUUCAGUGUACUCAUAGUGUAAUCUUUGUUCAUACAUAAAACUAGAUUAGAUAAAUUAUUAUAGAAAAUCAAAAGUCAUUUUAUUAUAUAGAGCAGCAAGUAUUUAAUCGCGAUCACAUAUUACACAGUGCUGUUCUAUAAUCAAUGCUAACAUCUUUACCACAGUUGGCAGGUGGCUGCUCUUCAUUAGCAGAACAUGGAUUAUAAACCAAAAUGAAGUUUUUGCCUUUUAGAUGACACCUGGUCAUAAGUCAUAAAGACGACAAUCGACAGACACCAAACCCUUUUCGUUCUUUGAGAUUCCUGAGUGUUUCCGUGUGAAUGAAUGUCUCUGUGUCUUUUCCAGUCUUUGUACGUCAUUUGUUAUAACUGCCUGCUGUUUGUCAAGCAGAUUGGUAUGCCUUACAGUUGUGCUAUUCUGUGUGAGUGUGUAUGUGCAUUUGUGGGAGAACAAAGGAUAAGAAAAUGUAUUAUUAAACAAGUAGCUCGGCUUUUUCUCAUGCUCGUUUGCUUUCUCGUUAAGAAUUGGAUGAGAAAAUCAACACCACUCUCACGUCUCAGUGUUUUAGCCAGCUGCCAUAUGACUUAACUUAGCAUAACGAGUGCAAAGAGCUGUCCGUGGUCUGUCCAGUUUAUAUAAUAACCCCGGCUUGAUUUCAGUAAUUGCCACAUUGCGUUUCAUGUUUUUAUCAGUACGAAAAGCCAAAGUCAAAAAAGAAUCUGAUUUUUAACAAACUCAUGUGAGCGUAUUAUUAAUCUUCCAAACUUUUGAUAAGACAUUGAAUAAGUGUGUGUUCAUAAAAUGUUAAACUAUUGAGAAGAAGCAUAGUGAUUUCCCAGUUUCAUCUUGGCUUAAUCUUAUCAAGCGUGCCAUAUAGCCAAUGUUUUCUGUUUUUGUUUUUAGGUGAUUAUAAGCACAAAGCAAAAGAUUAAGCUUCUUAUAUAGUUUACACUCACAAACAUUAAAAAAAAUCACAAGUGCAUCCAUUUUUUGAAUACAGGUGAUUGUAUUAAAUCAGUAGAAUUUAAUUAACCAUUUCAUAUGGUUUUAUUUUUUAAUGUUAAAUUGUAAAAGGCUGUGAUACAUGGUUAAUUGUGGAAAAAGCUAGAAAUUAGUGCAAUGAAUGAUGUGCCAUGAUCAUGUAGACCACAGACUGUAUACGCCCUCCAUGUCCAAACUUCAUAUAUAUAUAUUCAAGCUCCCAGGCCUUUGGUAGAGGACCAGAGCUUGAAGGCUAGACCGCCUGCAGGGGCAAGAGGGGAAUAUAUAUAUCUAUAUCUAUAUAGAGCUAUAGAUAUAGAUAUAUAUCUAUAUCUCUAUAUCUAUAUCUAUGUCUAUAUAUAUCUAUAUACAGAUAUAUAGAUAUAUAGAGAUAGAUAUUCUCAAUGCUAUUUGUGCAAGCUGUUUUUGUGUCUUUAUUGGUCACAAGGUUUUCUUUCUAUCACUUUCAGUCCACUUGUAGAAAGACAGAUAUACCUCAGUUGCCUGUAUUUAGAUACUUUCUAAGAAUGACUGAUAAUCAUCUUGAGAAGCGUUUUUCUUUCAGAAUAAACCUUUAAAAAACA